CUGUGGUGUUACACAUAGUUCACAUUGCCUUAAGUUUCCAGAAUUCCCAAAAUGAAGGCUUUGCCUACACCACAUGCUUAGUCCCGUGUCCAGUUUUCCUGUAAUGAGUAAUGAGAACUGACAUGGCUGAGAUGGUGUUAGUUUCAGUUGAUAUUGACAGUUUACUUCUUUUUCAUGCAGAUGCUGUAUGUCCCUAUGUUAGCGGAUGAUUUCUACAUCAAUCCUCUUGACUGGUCAUCACAAAAUAUAUUGAGCCUGGGCUUAAGAAGCCGUUCAUAUAUUUGGUCUGCUCGCACUGAGGAAGUCUCAGUGUUGUGUGAUCUAUCUGAAAGUGGCCACUCUGUAACCUCAGUUGCAUGGAAUGAGCAGGGAAAUCUGCUAGCUGUGGGGACAGAUGAUGGUAUCGUGCAAAUCUGGGACACUGCGGCAAGGAAACCCAUUAAAAUGAUGGAAGUCCAGUCAGGAAGAGUGAGUGCACUGGCGUGGAAUGGAGAUGUUGUGACAUUGGGAAGUUUUAAUGGGCUCAUUGUGGAGCAUGACGUGAGAACGCCCAGCCUUGUUGUAGAAAGAAGAUCAGCAUUUCAUGAAAGAGAG